GGCCAAAAUUGGAACCAGGCCAAUUUUGAGACCUUCCCAAGUCAAUGGGACAAGAUAAGAUUUUAUAGCAUGCCUCAUAAAAACAAACGAUAACAUGCAAUGAUAAAACAAAUAUUCCCCAUGUCAUAAAGCAGAACUAUGUUAUUUAUGUUCUUGCUAGAGAUCAAUCUUAGUCAGUUGUAGCUAGCACACGAGUGAAUAGACAUGGAAAAUAAAGGUGAUGGGGAUUUUAAACCACCAGCUAUCACUGAGUUCGAUGGUAUGGUGUUACCGCCCUUCCCUCCGUUACUUGAAGAUGCCAAGAAAAGGUUUGAAGAAAUGCGGAAUCUGGAAUGCAGAAAAGAUGACGUCAUACUAGCUACGUAUCCAAAGUCAGGUACACACUGGGUUUGGGAAAUCGUCUGCAUGCUACUGAAAAGCAAAGCCGAAUAUUCGAAGGAAACCAAAGAGUUUUUGUUUUUGGAAGCCAUACCAGAUAUAAGCCUCGUGGACAACAUUCCCUCUCCAAGGCCACUUAAUACGCAUGUUCCCUACAGAUGGCUCCCGAAGCAGCACAUAGAAAAUGGCGGAAAGAUUAUCCACGUCCUGAGGAAUCCCAAAGAUGUUGCUGUGUCUUUGUAUCAUCAUUUAGCCAAUGCUAAUGAACUUGGGGAAGAUCCAGACUUCAAGACAUUUUGUGAAUAUAUCAUGGAUAAGGAAUCAGGUAAAGUUAUGGGCGGCUGGUUUGCGUAUGAAAAGGAAUUCAAACAAGCAGAGGCAAACGAUACCUGUAGUGCUAUUUUCACAGUACAGUAUGAGAGUUUGAAAAAGAAUCCAAUACAAGAGAUCAAGCGACUAGCCAAAUAUUUGGACGUUGAUGUAAAGGACGAAGUUGUAGCAGUAAUAGCUGAUAAAUGUAGCUUUAAGAAACUAAAAGAAGCCAAUGCAACAUUGAAAGAUCAUUCAAAUGUCUCAAAAUUGCACCCCAAAGUUGAAGCUGAACAAAUCGCUCUCAAACUAUAUAGAAAAGGGGAAAUUGGCGAUUGGAAGAACCAUUUUACAGUGGCUAUGAAUGAACAGUUUGAUGCAAUGUUCAAUGAGGAAAUGAAAGACUCUAAAAUUCAAGUGCUAUAUGAAUGAGUAAAUGUAUCGAAGGGUACACUUGCGUUGUAUCGUUCGAAUUAAACCCAUUGUGUCUACAACAUAUAAAAAGCAUAGCAUGGCAUGUGGCAACAAUAACGCCUGUAUAAUUUCUGUAUUUACCUGUACUCAAGAAACCCUGCAUACCAAGUAAUAAGUACGAAAAGCAUCUAAACUUAAUCGGAAAAAAACACCCUAUCAAAUAAAUUAUCAGUUAUUUUUUUUAUACAUAUUGUUAAAAACCAGUCAACAGGGAUGCUUAUUCCUCGUAGGCGUCUAGUCCCACCUCUGGCGUUCCCAGGAUCUGUAUUUUUAACCUACUCUAAAUGUUGUAUUCCUAAUGCAAAAUGUUUGAGAUGUAGGCUUAACCUGUUUGUGUACGUCUUACAAUCAAGGUCCCACAAUUUCUACGAUUUCUGAACGAUAUUCAAUGAAGAUGUAAAGGUUGGAUGAACGUGUCUAGUAUUAUAUAUACGUUUACAAACUACUUCAAUCGUAAGAUUUGAUGAAAAGAAUAUUUACAGAUAUCGAGUAGUUUCGGUGUAAAAUGUAUCAUUUUAUAUCACUAGGACAUAAUGACGCUAACAGACAUGAUGUUAGAAAAAUAGAAAAAGGACAUGAAAGACUGAUUUAGCAAAAAAAAAAAAAAAAAAAGAUUAAUAAAUUUUUUAAAA